AUGACCAUGCGCCACCCCGAUCUCAAACUUCCAGCCUCCGGAACCCGGGCGGGCGCCAGGCCCCCAGGCCCCGCCGCGUCUGGCCACAGCUUCCGGAAGGUGACGCUCACCAAGCCCACCUUCUGCCACCUUUGCUCCGACUUCAUCUGGGGGUUGGCCGGCUUCCUGUGCGACGUCUGCAACUUCAUGUCCCACGAGAAGUGCCUGAAGCACGUGAAGACCCCCUGUGCGGGUGUGGCCCCCAGCCUGGUCCGGGUCCCCGUGGCCCACUGCUUUGGCCCGCGGGGUCUCUACAAGCGCAAGUUCUGCGCCGUGUGCCGCAAGACCCUGGAGGCCCCUGCACUCCGCUGUGAAGUGUGUGAGCUGCACGUUCACCCCGACUGUGUGCCCUUCGCCUGCAGCGACUGCCGCCAGUGCCACGGGGACGGGCACCGGGACCACGACACGCACCACCAUCACUGGCGGGAGGGGAACCUGCCCUCCGGUGCGCGCUGCGAGGUCUGCAGGAAGACGUGCGGCUCCUCCGACGUCCUGGCGGGCGUGCGCUGCGAGUGGUGCGGCGUGCAGGCCCACUCAGUCUGCUCGGCGGCGCUCGCCCCGGAGUGCACGUUUGGGCGCUUGCGCACCAUGGUCCUGCCCCCUGCGUGCGUGCGCCUGCUGUCCCGAAACUUCAGUAAAAUGCACUGUUUCCGCAUCUCUGAGAGCGCGGCCCCGGAGCCAGGUGAGGGGGACGAUGGUGUGGACGGAAGUAGCCCUGCUGGCCUGGGCAGAGAGGUGCUGGCCCCGGAGUCCAGCAAACAGACCCUGAAGAUCUUUGACGGCAACGAUGCUCUGCAGAGAAACCACUUUCGAGUCAUCAUUGUCCCCCGCCUGGCCAGGAGCGAGGAGGUGCUGGAGGCGGCUCUCCGGGCUUACUAUGUCACGGAGGACCCUCGAGACUUUGAGCUGCAGGCACUCCCCCUACCUGUCCACGCUGCGGACCCUGGGGCACGGGGCAAGACCCGGGCCGGUGGGAGUGCAGAGGGGGAGGACAGCAGAGGCCCUGGAUCCCGAGAGGCUGCACCCGAGGCCUGGAUCAUCCGCGCUCUGCCCCACACCCAGGAAGUCCUGAGGAUCUACCCUGCCUGGCUCAAGGUGGGUGUGGCCUACGUGUCCAUCCGUGUGACCCCACAGAGCACUGCCCGGACUGUGGUGCUGGAGGUUCUCCCACUGCUCGGACGUCAGGCCGAGGGUCCUGAGAGCUUCCAGCUGGUGGAGGUGCUCAUGGGUAGCAGGCAAGUCCAGCGGACGGUGCUGGAGGACGAGGAGCCCUUGCUCGCCCGGCUUCGUGACAUCCGGCAGACGUCCCUGCGGCAGAUGACCCAGGUGCGGUUCUACGUGGCUGAGAGCAGAGUUGUGGUCCCGCACGUCUCCCUGUAUGUUGCUGGCCUGCCUCCCGGCCUGUCUGCCCAGGAGUAUGGCAGCCUGCUGGAGGAGGCUGCGGCCACCAAAGCUGGCCUGGUGUCCGUGAGCCACGUUUACUCCUCCCAAGGUGCAGUGGUGCUGGACGUGGCCUCCUUCACAGAGGCUGAGCGACUGUACAUGCUGGUCAGGGACACAGCUGUGCACGGCCGGCCGCUGACCGCCCUGGUGCUCCCAGACGUGUUGCACACGAAGCUGCCCCCAGACUCCUCCCCCCUCCUCGUGUUUGUGAACCCCAAGAGUGGAGGCCUCAAGGGCCGUGACCUGCUCUGUAGUUUUCGGAAGCUGCUGAACCCUCACCAGGUCUUUGAACUGACCAACGGGGGGCCUCUUCCCGGGUUCCACGUGUUCUCCCGGGUGCCCUGCUUCCGGGUGCUGGUGUGCGGGGGGGACGGCACCGUGGGCUGGGUGCUCGCCGCCCUGGAGGAGAUGCGGCACCGUCUGGCCUGCCCGGAGCCUUCCGUGGCCAUCUUGCCGCUGGGCACAGGGAAUGACCUUGGCCGGGUCCUCCGCUGGGGGGCGGGCUACAGUGGCGAGGACCCGUUCUCCGUGCUGGUGUCCGUGGAUGAGGCCGACGCUGUGCUCAUGGACCGCUGGACCAUUCUGCUGGAUGCUCACGACACUGGCGGUGCAGAGAACAGCGUGGCAGACGUGGAGCCCCCCAAGAUUGUGCAGAUGAGUAACUACUGUGGGAUUGGCAUCGACGCAGAGCUAAGCCUGGACUUCCACCAGGCACGGGAGGAGGAGCCUGGCAAGUUCACGAGCAGGUUCCACAACAAGGGUGUGUAUGUGCGAGUCGGGCUGCAGAAGAUCAGCCACUCCCGCGGCUUGCACAAAGAGAUCCGGCUGCAGGUGGAGCAGCAGGAAGUAGAGCUGCCAAGCAUCGAGGGUCUCAUCUUCAUCAACAUCCCCAGCUGGGGCUCAGGGGCCGAUCUGUGGGGCUCCGACAGUGACUCAAGGUUCGAGAAGCCACGCAUGGAUGACGGGCUGCUAGAGGUGGUGGGGGUGACCGGCGUCAUGCACAUGGGCCAGGUCCAGGGUGGGCUGCGCUCUGGCAUUCGCAUCGCCCAGGGCUCCUACUUCCGCGUCACUCUCCUCAAGGCCACACCUGUGCAGGUGGAUGGAGAGCCCUGGAUCCAGGCUCCUGGGCACAUGAUCAUCUCGGCUGCGGGCCCCAAGGUCCACAUGCUCAGGAAGACCAAGCAGAAGCCCAGGAAGGCAGGGACCCCCAAGGAUGCCCGAGCAGAUGGGAUGCCUGUCCCUGAAGGGGACCCCAAGUAGAGGAGGGCCCUGGAGCAGCGUGCCUGUCCAGCAGCAGCCGCCGCCAACCUGUGAUGGAUGGACUUGCCUGCAGCUUUGACUGGGGGCGUCUCCCCCUCACCCCUGUGCCACACAGAAGCUGCGGGGUGGGUGGCAGGUGCUUCCCCCCUGGCCUCUGAUGCAGCAACAGGGUGGGCGCGGGGCUUUGGCUGGCCAAUCGUCCCGCCCCCUGGGGUCCAGGCCACCAUCGUGCGUGGCAGGCACUUCUCCCUUUGCGUCCUGCACCAUCUCUGAGCCUGUUGAGCUGGGCAGCACUGAAUCCUGGGCCAACCCCCCAGAUGCUCCUAACAGAAUGUGCCCAGUACAGACCCCGAAUGCCCCAGCCAGCAGGUCUUCCGACCGACUGUCCCACUGAGGGCUGGGUGGGGGCACCUGCCACCUGUCCCGGGGGAAAGGUGCCUUCUCUGCUGGGCUCACCACUGUGGAGGAGCUGCUUAGGCUGCACCUGGGGGUCGGAGGGGCCCGAGGCCGGGUGGGCUUGGCCAGCAUCCUGACGAUGGAGCAGGAGGGGAACUGGGCCCUCACAGGGGUGGGGCAGAGCGUGCCCGGAAGGGACCAGAAGCAAACCCAUGGAAGCCUGGGCUGGGAGGCCCAGAGAAAGUUUACAAGGUGUGACGUGGGGAGGAGCCAGCUUUAAUCACCUGUUUGUGAACAAUCAGCAUGCCCAUUCCCAGCGCUUGUCAGGCUGACCAGACGCCCAGGCCCCCACCACGCUGAGCUCAGACAGGCCCCUGGUCGGUCUGGGGAGUCUCCAGAGCCCCCCAGCGAGGCCCAGGAACCACGUCUCUCCACUUGUCCUGGCUCUUUGCUGUCGGCGCCGUCUGGCCAGGCUCCGCCCUGCCAGCCCCGUGUCCCCCAAGCUUCUGCCCAAACUGCACACAUGCACUGUUGUGGCCAUUUGUGACGGGACACUCCUGUGCCCCCAGCACACAAGUGUGUGUCCACCGUGAUGUCCCCGGUGGUGCAAUUAGUGUUUGCUUUGCAGGCCUUGGCGCUGGUUCUGGCCUGUAGCUGUCUGUCCUGUAUUUAAGUGAGUCUGUGUGCCCAGAGGGGGCAGUGUGGGCUUGGCACCCAGGCCCUUGUGUACCUUGUCACUACCUGAAUGUAAGCCUAAUUUAUGUCCAGGACAAAUACAGUGUGGGCAUUGCUGG